AUGUUUGAUAUAGACACAGAGUUACUCCCGGUAGAUCAAGAGAGUCGAGACUUGAUUUGCAUUGGAAACAUGUCGAAGCACAAAUUAAAAGUGCAGUUUAGUGUUAUAUCUGGAUGUGAUUACUAUGAAAUUAGAACAGUGCCAUCAAUUGUGACACUUAAAAGAGGGUUUGCUUGUGAAUUUGAGAUAUUUAUUAAGCCGCUUUGUUCCUGUAAAAUUGUUGAUAAUGUGCUGGUGACUGGACUGGACAUAAACAGUGGAGAAAUAAAAGAAGGAAAAAUUGCAAUUGAAACCAACACCGAAAACUCGACUAAAUUGUUUUACCAAGAAAUCGAAGAAACGAAAAAACUUGGCGAAGGAUCUUUUGGUAUAGUUUACAAAGGACUUUACAGAGGUAACGAUGUUGCUAUCAAGAAAAUGAAAGAAUCCAAACAGACUGCCAAAAACAUGGAAGAAUUUGAAAAUGAGGUGUCGAUGUUAGAUAAAUUCAGAAGUGAGUAUUUGGUUCAUUUCUUUGGUGCUGUUUUUGUACCCAAUAAAAUCUGCAUGGUCACCGAAUUUGCAAAAUAUGGGUCGAUACAAGACUUAAUGAAACACAAAAAUUCAAAUGAAAUUGACUUAAAUUUGAGAGUUAAAUUCAUGUUGAAUGGAGCUGAAGGGAUUUUGUAUUUACAUGAAAAUGGGAUCUUACACAGGGACAUCAAACCAGACAAUUUCUUGAUAUUUUCACUUGAUCCAAACGAAAAAGUGAAUGCAAAGUUGACUGAUUUUGGAAGCGCAAGAAACAUUAACAUGUUGAUGACUAACAUGACUUUCACUAAGGGAAUUGGAACACCAAAAUAUAUGGCACCAGAGGUGUUAAAUAAAAAGAAGUACAAGAAAAGUGCCGAUGUAUUUUCUUUUGGAGUCACUUUAUAUGAAUGUUUUUCUUGGAAAAUGGCGUAUCAAAAAGACGAUGUAAGAUUCAAAUUUGCGUGGGGCAUUGCUGACUUCAUUACUUCAGGCAAACGGCUUGAGAAUAUAACAAAUAUUUCAAAAGAAAUGAAUGAUUUAAUUUCGAAGUGUUGGGUACAAGAACAAGAAAAAAGACUGACAAUCCAAGAAGUGGUUGGUACUCUCCAAAAUUUAAAUCAAAGAUAA